AGUGGCCGAAGGUAGAUUAGGUCUGAGUCCCUGUCUAACUAACCCGGAUCCGUUUGUGGCUACUGGCCUUCCUUGAAAGCCACUUGACUUCUCUUCUCCCGGUGAUACUAGCGGAAGCCUUUUGUUUUGCUCUUCGCCGGCGAGGGGAAAGAGUGAAGAAACGAACGGAGGAGCGAGAUCCGUAGCGAAGGGGGAAUGGAGGGCGGCGAUGAUGGUGGGGCGGCGGCGGCGGCUGCUGCGGCCGCCGUGGACUCGAAGGACUUACAGCAGCAGAGCAAAGCCCUCGACAAGCUCACCGACCGCGUCGAAGACCGCCAGCUCGAUUCCAGCCGCGUCCAGAGUGCCAUGGCAGCUCUUGCUUCAUCUAAAGAAGCUGAUUGGAAUGCGAUGAGAAUGCGGGAGAAGGAACUGGCUGCUGUCAAGAUCAAUCCAACUGAUGUAGACAUCAUCGCCAAUGAGCUUGAGCUGGACAAGAAGGUGGCAGAGAGAACACUGAGGGAGCACAAAGGCGAUGCUGUUGCUGCCAUUCGCUCUUUGCUGCGCUAGAAGUUUGCAUGACACGAUACUAUGGCUCCAUUUUUGUAAUCAUGCAAUAUGGUUGGGCAAUCGGGUAUAAAUCCUGAGUACAUUUAUAUGGAAAAAGAACUAGUUUCUUGCUCCAGUUUUUACUCCAAAUUUUUACGUGAAACAUCAUUCUCUUGUGCUGGAAAAUAUGCAGUGACUAUAUAUUCUGUUUAUUUUCUGCGGUGUGCUUGUUGAUUUCUUG